AGAGAGUUUCUGGAUUGGCUGGAGCAGGUAGCGGCAGCUCCAAUCAGAAAGCAGCGCGCGCACAAGUCCUGGGCCUGGCAACGCUGAACUUCCAAGGCUGAGGAGACCUGGAGUCGGUGCUUUGUCACGGCUAAGAAAAUCAUACAGCACCAUGUCAAUGAAUCAGCAAGAUCUAGAUCCAGUUAAUACUGCAGAUGUGGAUGAUGUUGCAGAUGCUGAAAAAGAGCUUAUUGAAGAAUGUGAAGAAAUAUGGAAGGAUAUGGAAGAAUGUCAGAAUAAAUUAUCGCUUGUUGGCACGGAGACACUUACCAACUCAAAUGCUCAGCUAUCAUUAUUAAUUAUGCAAGCGAAAUGUUUGGCCGCUGAACUCAAUCAAUGGCAGAAAGAAACUCCCAAAAUUAUUCCACUGAAUGAAGAUGUUCUACUAACAUUAGGAAAAGAAGAGUUCCAAAAAUUGAGACAUGAUCUGGAAAUGGUACUGUCUACUAUUCAGUCAAAGAAUGAAAAGUUAAAGGAAGACUUGGAAAGGGAGCAACAGUGGUUGGAUGAACAAGAACAGAUACUGGAAUCUCUUAAUACAGUAUACAAUGAACUGAAAAACCAGGUUGUACCAUUUUCUGAAUCAAGAAUCUUUAAUGAGCUGAAAACUAAAAUGGUUAAUAUAAAAGAAUAUAAGGAGACGCUCUUGUUUACCUUGGGUGGUUUUCUAGAAGACCAUUUUCCUCUGCCUGAUGGAAAAGUUAAAAAGAAAAAGAAAAACUUGCAAGAACCAACUGCACAGCUGAUAACACUACAUGAAAUGUUGGAGAUUCUUAUAAAUAAAUUAUUUGAUGUUCCACAUGAUCCAUAUGUCAAAAUUAGUGAUUCCUUUUGGCCACCUUAUAUUGAGCUGCUGCUGCGUAAUGGAAUUGCCUUGAGACAUCCCGAAGACCCAAACCGAGUAAGAUUAGAAGCCUUUCAUCAGUAAAAGGAUGUCAUCCUUUUCAUGCAAUCUUAAAGAAUCUUGUCAUUCAAGGAUAAUGGAAACACUGAGGACUAUUUGGAUAAAGAAUGUUAUUUGCAAAUCAAAGCACAUAGUCCAUCUUCCUUUUAUCCUUAAAUGACGCCUGCUGUCAUCUGUUCAUUUUAAAAUGGUCCUUUCUCAUUCAGUUAGCGCUUUCAUGUUUUAAACUAUAUGGACAAAAAUGCAGAUAAAAGUUAUUCUAGACUUAACUGCUAUAAAACAUUUAUGCACCUUAUC